UGUAUUUUCUGUAAGAAAUCUCAGAAUGAUUAAUGCACCAAAUCAAUUUAAAGGGCAGAAGUCUAAUGCUUCAAAUGGGGGAAACUUCUCAUAGCUCUUAGAAGAAACUUUACCAUCUUAUACAAGAAAUCUUCUAGGCCUUUUUCUCCUUCACUAGCAAGCUUUUCAUUUCCGAUAAGCUAAUCAGGUUAGGUGAAAUCAAAUUCAUACUGUCCGGAAUCUUCAUAAUUUGAUCCAAGAGAGCUUGAAACACGUUCUAGAAGGAUGGUGCAAGAAGCGAUUAAAUUUGAGGAAGGAUGGUCCUACUUGCAGAAAGGUAUUACCAGACUGAUAAGACAUCUAGAAGGAGAGCCUGAACAGGCACUUAAAACUCAGCAUUGUAUGGAACUUUACAACACUGCCUACCAUAUGUGCACCCAGAAUCCUAAUUACUCACAACAGCUUUACGAUAAGUAUCGCGAAGUGAUUGAAGAUUAUACUAUGCAAACGGUGCUACCAUCUUUAAGGGAGAAGCAUGAUGAAUAUAUGUUGAGAGAGCUUGUUAAGAGGUGGAAUAACCAUAAACUUAUGGUUAGACAGUUAGCCAUAAUCUUUGGUUAUCUUGAAGGAUACUUUUUUCGUUGGAAACGCAUAAAUUCAUCACUGAGGGAAGUUGGCUUGAUAUACUUCCACGACCUGGUUUGUCAUUCACAUUUCUAUAGCUUUUAAUUUUUCAUUUUUUCGAAAGUAUUUUGUAACAGUCUAUGCAAUUAUGUACUUCAGGUUUACCAUGAGAUGCAUUCCUCGGCCACAGAAGCUGUAAUAGCACUUGUAAGUAUUGGAAUCUGUAAUAAAAAAAAUCCGGAUUCUUGAUUUUUCUAUCUAACAAAAAUUUGUAUUACCCAGAUUGAUAAAGAACGUGAGGGCGAACAAAUUGAUAGAGAACUAGUGAGAAAUGUAAUACAUGUCUUUGUUGAGAAUGGGAUGGGAUCUAUAAAAAAAUAUGAAGAGGAUUUUGAAAGCUUCAUGCUUGAAGAUACUGCUUCUUACUAUUCCCGCAAGGCGUCAAGGUGGAUCGAGGAGGAUUCUUGUCUUGAUUACACGAUAAAGGCAUAUCUCUAGAUAUCACUUUUGGAACUGUUAUCCAAUUCGAUUUCAAGAAAGUAUGUAUGUUAAUGAAUGUUAGUAAUUUUAUAUUGCAGCCUCAAGAGUAUCUACAAAGGGAGAGGGAGAGAGUCACUCACUACCUUCAUCCAACCACUGAACCCAAACUAUUUGAGGUUCGUUAUGAUUUGGUUAUUUGGAAUUAAUCAUAUUUUUACGAAGGGAGAUUUUAGCGUUUGAACUUAGUGAUAUAUAUGCUUAUUUCUGGCAGCAUUUUGAGGAUAUGUAAAAAAUUGA